CUUUCCUUUGCAACCACGCAGCCUGCCUGCCUGCAGAUGACCAAAUUAUUUAGAAUUAACUUGCCGUACGAAGUUUCUCGUUCACACCACAAUCAACCUCAACCUCAAGGAUCUCCAUUUGAUCAAUCAAUUGCACUCAACUUUCCCUCAAAAUCAUCCUUUCCAGCUUGCAAUAUCAACACGACAAUCCAAAUCUCAGGCUCUCUAAUUUCACGCAGUUCACAUUCCUUUUAUAAUAUUCUGGUUCGAUCUUAUUCUUGGUAAUCAUUGCUUGAUUUAAAUACCGUUUGGUAGAGUAGAAGGAACCCCAAAGACAAAACAGAAAGAAAGAAAUCGAUGAAGUUGUCUUCAAGAACAGAAAGAGAGAGUUUCAGGGCUCUUGUGUUGGCUUUUGCUUCGAUUCUGGUGAUCUCGCCGGUUGUUCACUGCUGGGGACUUGAUGGCCAUCUCACCAUUUGCAGGAUUGCUCAGUCGCGGUUGAGUGCUGCGGCGGCGACUGCCGUGAAGGAGCUUCUGCCGGCGGCCGCGGAGGAUGAUUUGGGGAGUGAAUGUUCAUGGGCGGAUCGAGUGAAGUUCCAUUACCACUGGUCAUCAGCUCUCCAUUUCAUUGAUACCCCUGAUAAUCUCUGCUCCUACCAAUACAACAGGGAUUGCAAGGAUGAAAAUGGAGAAAAGGACAGGUGUGUAGCAGGCGCCAUUAACAACUACACCACCCAACUGCUCGGCUAUGGCAAUGCUGCGUCCUCCCAGCACUAUAAUCUCACAGAAGCCCUUCUCUUCCUUUCCCAUUUCAUUGGAGACAUUCAUCAGCCACUUCAUGUGGGUUUUACUUCAGACAGGGGUGCCAACACCAUUGAUGUCCAUUGGUACACAAGAAAAACAGUUCUUCAUCAUGUCUGGGACGACAACAUAAUCGAGACCUCGGAAGAGCGAUACUACAACUCCGAUGUUGAUGGACUGAUCAAUGCAAUUCAGAAGAACAUCACGGGUGAAUGGUCAGAUCAAGUCAAGACAUGGGAGAGUUGCAGCAGAAACGCAACAACAUGCCCAGACAUAUAUGCAUCGGAAAGUAUUCAAGCAGCCUGCAACUGGGCAUACAAGGGCGUAACCGAAGGUUCAGUACUAGAAGAUGACUACUUUCUAACGCGCUUACCAGUUGUCAACUUGCGGUUAGCUCAAGCCGGAGUACGACUGGCAGCCACUCUCAAUCGGGUAUUUGGAUAAGAACAAUGCUUCUUCUUGUCCUCUAAUAUCCAAUGAAAACCGAGUAUUCCUGAG